GGCGCCUCUUUCGUGAUUUUGGGCUUGCCGCUGCCUCUCCGCAGCUGUUUGCUCAGUUUCGUGGUGUCUGCUGGACUUCAUCAAGCGCUGCAAACGGUGAGAAGCAUCGCUCUCGCCGCCCGCUAGCCCACACUACCUCGCGCCUUCGCCGACGCGCCUCGCCGCGCCGCCGCGCCGCACCGCCGCGCCGCCGCAACCCGCACGCGCACGCGCACCCGCCGCUCGCGCUCCGCGCACGCACCGCUUGACGCUAUGUCCGCGCCACCAGGCAGCGACCCGCCCCAGGGCGGCUAUGGCGCUUAUCCCGGGCAGCCGCCGGCCGGCGGCGCGCCGGCCGGAGGCGCGCCUCAGCAGGGCUACGGGCAGCAGCCGCAGUAUGGCGCUCCGCAGGGCGGCUACCAGCAGCCGCAGUACGGCGGCGGCGGCGGGUACCCGCCCCAGCAGCAGUACGGCGCGCCCCAGGGCUACGGAGGAGGUGGGUACGGAGCCCCGCCGCCGCAGCAGGGCUAUGGAGGAGGCGGAUACGGAGGAGGUGGCUACGGCGCGCCCCCGCCCCAGCAGUACGGGGGCGGCGGCGGCUAUGGAGGCGGCGGCUACCCGCCCCAGGGCGGCGGCGGCUUUUACGGAGGGCGCGAGCCAGUGCACAAAAUUGUCGCGACAACCUCACUAUCGAUGUUGCACUCAACUCAUUGAUUGAUUUCCGCACAGGAGAGCGCAGCCGAUGGGCCGCUCGUAUGGUCGCAUCGACCCCGUGACUGGGCAUGACUACAUGCGCGUCGAGGGCGACACGACGCCCUGCGACGAGCAGCAGAUUCACGCGAUCCUCAAGAGGUGCGCGGACCGCGUCGCAAACUUUCCGCGUCGACGGCGUGGGGCGAGAGUACAUCUAGCCGACCGGCACGCCAUCGCCGCGACGGGAGCGUCGACGGCAUGGCGUGGACGCCGUCGAGCGGACACCACGAUACGUCGAGAGAGAUAACGCACGGCGUCACAAAAAAAAACGCAGGCGCCUCCAGUGCAAGAUGUCGCGCCAGUUCCAGGAGGCGGACCAGCUCCGGGACCAGCUCUCGGCGCUGGGCGUCAUGGUCCACGACCGCGAGAAGACCUGGGAGGUCAAGCCCGGCUUCGGCGGCGCGCCGGCCGGGGGCGCGUACGGCGGGAACAACUUCGGCGCGCAGCCCGGACAAUACGCGGGCAAGCCGCCCGCCGACUACUACUCGGCCCCGACCGGCGCCGGCGGCUUCUCGUCGGCGCCGCCCUCAUUGAACGACAUGGCCACGGACGCGCAGAAGCGCAUCGCCGCGGCGCAACAAGCCGCCGCGGCCGCGUCCGCCGGCAUCCCGCCGACCGUCGCGCCCCAAGGCGCCACGCCCUACCCGCCUCCACCACAACGGGCGCCGGCGCCGGCGCCGCCCGCGGCGCGCGGCCGCUCGAACUCGGACUCGUCCUCGUCCUCAUCUUCUCGGUCGCGGUCGCGGUCGCGCGAGCGCAAGCCCGGCGCCAUCCCGCGCAAGGGCGACGCGGCUGCUGCGCCGGCGCCGGCUGCUGACGCCGACGACGAGAAGAAGGCCGACUAGAUCCCCGUUCCCCCCCUCUAACACCCCUCCUUCGCACAUCACAUUACGACGGUG